AUGGAACGUACCAACCAGACUGCUUCUGUGACGGAGUUUAUUCUCCUGGGCCUCUCUGCCCACCCAAAGCUGGAGAAAAUGUUCUUUGUGCUCAUCCUGCUGAUGUACCUGGUGACCCUGCUGGGCAAUGGGGUCCUCAUCCUGGUGACUGUGUGGGUGCCCCGCCUGCACACGCCCAUGUACUUCUUCUUGGGGAACCUCUCCUUCCUGGACAUCUGCUACACAACCUCCUCAGUCCCCCUUAUUCUUGACAGCUUCCUGACCCCCAGGAAAGCCAUCCCCUUCUCAGCCUGUGCCGUGCAGAUGUUCCUCUCCUUUGCCAUGGGAGCCACAGAGUGUGUGCUUCUGGGCAUGAUGGCGUUUGAUCGCUACAUGGCCAUCUGCAACCCACUGAGGUACCCUGUAGUCAUGAGCAAGGCUGCCUACAUGCCCAUGGCUGUGGGCUCCUGGGUAGCUGGAAGCGUUGCCUCCAUGGUUCAAACAUCCCUUGCGAUGAAGCUGCCCUUCUGUGGGAACAACAUCAUCAACCACUUCACCUGUGAGAUCCUGGCUGUCCUCAAGUUGGCCUGUGCUGACAUCUCCACCAAUGUGAUCAGCAUGGGCGUGACCAAUGUGAUCUUCCUGGGGGUCCCAGUUCUGUUCAUCCUCAUCUCCUAUAUCUUCAUCCUCACCAACAUCCUGAGGAUCCCAUCAGCUGAGGGGAGGAAAAAGGCCUUCUCCACCUGCUCAGCCCACCUCACUGUGGUGGUUGUCUUCUAUGGGACCAUCCUCUUCAUGUAUGGGAAGCCCAAAUCCAAGGACCCCCGGGGGGUAGACAAGCAGGACCUUUCCGACAAGCUCACCUCCCUCUUCUAUGGGGUGCUGACCCCCAUGCUGAACCCCAUCAUCUACAGCCUGAGGAACAAGGACGUGAAGGCUGCUGUGAGGAGCCUGAUGAGUCGGAAACGCAUCACCCGGUGA